CAGAUCGUCUCCACCGAAGCUCGUUGCCCAUCAGCCUAACCAUUGUUCAUUGGCAAGGCUGAGAAAUUCAAUAACUUCUUCCAGACUUUGACAUUGCAUUACAUCUUGGGCCAUCUCUUCUUGUCUUCGCCUUGUGACAUAUAAGACUUGACCUUGGCCAGAAUUUCUGGUUCUUUGACUCUUAUAUCCCCCCCCCCCUUCUUCCAAAUACACUCGCAUCACUGAAACUUCAACAUGUCGACAAGACCACCCUCUCGCGUCGUCUUUGUCGGCAAUAUUCCCUAUGGCUUGACCGAAGAGCAAAUCACCGACAUUUUCAGCAGCGCAGGCAAAGUCGAGCGAUUCCGUCUUGUGUAUGAUCCCGAGACUGGACGACCUAAAGGAUUCGGGUUCGCAGACUAUCCAGAUACCGACUCUGCCUCUUCCGCUGUGCGCAACCUGAACGAUUUCGAGAUCAUGGGCCGAAAGCUUCGCGUCGAUUUUAGUAACGACCAAAAGAGUAGCGAUGACGACAAGGACCCAGGCAUAUCUAAUUACAACCCACACGUCUCCAAUGGCGCAGUUCCCAGCUACAGUGCUCAGCCAAGCACUCUUCCUCCUUUACCUGCCGGAAAGGAGCUUCCUCACGGUGUCUCUUGCGCCGACGCCAUUUCGCGAACGCUCGAAACCCUUCCUCCUCCUCAGCUCCUCGAUAUUCUCUCGCAGAUGAAGACUCUUGCGAGUAGCGAACCGCAGCGCGCUACCGAACUCCUCCAACAAGCGCCGCAGCUGGCCUACGCCGUGUUCCAGGCUCUUCUCCUCAUGGGGCUCGUUUCUCCCGAAGCCAUCCAGUCUGUUGUCGAGCCUGGUGCUCCCCCCGCCGCGUUCCCUCCUGCGCCCAUGCCUGGCUUUUCUGGUGCAACUAACACUCCUCCUGUUGCUGCCAUGCCUUAUCAGGCACCACCUCAGCCCUAUGCUGCUCCUCCUGUCGCCGCCCCCGCACCAGCUGCGCAGGAUCCUGAUGCCUUGAUGCGUGCAGUUAUGGAGCUUCCUCAGUCACAGAUUGACAUGCUCCCUGAGGCGGAGAGGCAACAAAUCUUGGCUCUCCGUGCUACAUUUGCUGGACAGCGGCGAUAGACUCAUGUCCCCUCGAGCACGUUCUAUGCGUCAUCGGGAACUUCACAGAUCAUUACACAUUAGCAAACAUGUCAACGGCGCGUCAUAUCCUGGCUAAGGUCGGCAUUUGGGUGUAUAAGGCGUUAGGGCGUAGACUCAGUUAUGAAUUUAUUGUUGGGGGGGAAGCCAUUACUGGGCAAUAAACCGGAAAGCAAUGCAACACCUGCAAUGUACUAGGCGUGUAAAUCUAGAAGCACGAUAAAUCAAAUUAUAACUCUCCGCACUUGGUUCUUAGACGUAGCAUUCUCAAUAGUAGCUUUUGGUCUCGAU